GGCAAUUGCAAUCCAUUUGUCUCCCUUCAUCAAAGAUUCCCCGUAGAAAAAAGCAACCCUUUAUGGGCAACACUUGUAGAUAGUUGCUUGCUAAAUUAAAGCUGACAUUAUAAUGCUCACCAAGUGUUUGUGAAUUUGCCUGUGAGAACAAAAAAUCAGAAACCUUACUUUUAUACUGCACCCUUCUCUUUCAAUGGAGGUUUCUUAAUUCUGUGUUGUAAUGGUUACAUGUUGCAAGUGAAAAGUGUGAGACUUUGCACAAUAGUGAAGUUGGUGGUAGGUGGAGAUGAACAAUAGUGCAGGGAUUUAUAUAGGAGGAGGAGGAGGAGGAGGAGGAGGAUCAGCUGCAACAGCAGCCUCAAGUUCGUGGGUGUCGCCGAGUUCGGUGUCAACAUCAGGGAAGAGGAUUCAGAGGGAAAUGGGGGAACUCAACAAUGAUCCACCUCCUGAUUGCUCUGCUGGUCCUAAGGGUGAUAAUCUUUAUCACUGGGUCGCCACCAUUAUUGGCCCUGCAGGAACACCAUAUGAAGGCGGUAUAUUUUUUCUUGACAUAACAUUUCCAACUGAUUAUCCGUUCAAACCUCCAAAGGCAGUAUUCAAAACUCGUAUCUUCCACUGUAAUGUUGAUUCUGGUGGCAACCUUAAUUUGGAUAUCUUGAAGGAUGGUUGGAGUCCAGCGCUUACAAUUACGAAAGUUCUAAUUGCAAUCAGAUCAAUUUUCACCCAUCCCGAUCCUCACAAUCCUCUUAUGCCUGGCAUCGCUUGCUUGUAUCUGUCAGAUAGAGCAAAGCAUGAUGAACUAACUGCAGAAUGGACUAUGCGAUUCGCCAAGUGAAUUUGAUGCGUCGGGUUAUGCAAAAAUCUAACCAAACUGAAUAACUGAACUCGACCAAUAAAUUUGGUUCCGCUUGGAUUUAGAAGUUAAAGAAUUUUCAUUUAAUUUUUAUGUAAA